UCAACAGAUUUUAUAAAUUAAAGAAAUAGUUACUAUAUAAACCAGGAGUUAUGAAACUAUAGCUCGCCUGCCUCUUGUUUUUGUAAAUAAAGUUUUAUUGGAGCAUAGCCCUGCUCAUUUGUUUAUGUAGCUUUCCUGCUACAGCAGCAAACUUGAGUAGUUGCUGUUUGACCGUUUACAGGAAAAUAUUAAUAAUCGUAAUGUAAGUAGUCACAUGAGAGUAUGGGUCAGACCAAAUGUAAUUAAGCACUGAAGAACUACAAAGCAAUGUGAGUACUAUAAGAUGUGGCUACUUGGGAAAGGCUUAUGUAGAGAAGAGUAUGUGCUAUGAAGUAAUUUCAUCUUUGAAUAGUAGUAACAUACAGUGGAGGACAUUUUAUUUGGGAGAGAACAGCAUAAAUAAAAUCCUUUAGGAGUGAGCAGAUUUUUGAGCACAGGGAGCCAUUUUGAAAAUGAAUUUAGCCAGAUUGGAAUUAGACAACAGUGAAAAUGAAGCUGAGUAUGUGAGAUUGUUGUUGGAGGACUUAAAAGCUGAGAAUCAGAAUUUGCGUUUACUCUGACAGGCUAUUGAGAACCCAUUAUGAAUUCUUUACAUGGAAAUGUUGCACUGGAAAUAGCAUUCUAGGACAGUUAAUCUGACAGGAGUGUAUGGGAUGAAUUCAAGCAUGGAGAACCGCAAGCCUACGCAGUUACUGAAUGGAGCCUGGCACGAGGAGCUAAGAUGAUGAGUAGAGAAAUGGAGAGGAAAGGUAGAUUCUGAGCUGCUGGAAGGAGGAAAGCUGACUUUGUGACUGACUGGAUUGGUGAAGAAUAUUGAGAGAGGCGAACUGGGAAAAGAUGCACUGAAAUGGGAACACUUUUUAUGAGAGAAAACACACAUUUUGUUUUUAACAUCUCCAUUUUCUGGUGUUUUAGAGCCUUAUGAGAGAGAGUAGGGAAGUGUUUGGAGAUGGGACUAGAUGAAGGCUCCAGGAGAGUUUCAACAAAAGAAGCACAAGGCAGGAGGCCUGGGAGCACGUUUAGGAAGGAAGAUGGCACACAAGAAGUAAAGUGGACAGAGGAAUAGCAGGAGUCAGCAGAGCAGUGUUUGCCUGUGUGUAUCCCAGGGAAGGCUGGUUGUAUAGACUGUUAACAGGAAUUUUUAGAAAAAACGGUGCUGUGACCAGAUAAUUUGGUAAAUUCUUGGUUAAGCAAAGUUAAUCAGACUUCUUGUUUUAGAACCUCUCAGAUUCUUCAGUAAUACACACUGUUAUCUGUUAUCACCAACUAAAAUCAGUCUCUUCAAUUGCAGAUUUACGUAUCCAACUUUCUACCUGUAAUCUCCUCUUAGAUAUCUAUUAGGCAUCUAAACUUAACUGUCCAAAGUGGAAUUCCUGGUCUUCCCUCACAAAACUUGUUUCCCUAUCUCAGUUGAUGACAACUCUGUCUUUUUGUUUUAGUAAAAAGUGCCAUGGUAAGUAAUAUGUAAAUUGUUUUGUUUAAUGUGUAAAAUGCCCAAAAGAAUUGAGAUUAAGAAUAAAGUUGCUCUGGGAGAGAGUAUAGCUCAGUGCUAGAGUGCAUGCCUAGCAUGCAUGAGGUCCUGGGUUCAAUCCCUAGUACCUCCGUUAAAAAAUAAAUAAACCAAAUUACCUGCCCCCCAGUAAAAUAAAAAAUAAAAAUAAAUUUAAAAGAAGAAUAUAGUUGCUCAGAUCAAAAACCUUGGAGUUAUCCUUGACCCUUUCUUCUAUACUCUCAUCCAAUCCUUUAGCUACCACACUGGCUCUACCUUUGAAGAUACCUAGCAUCUGACCACUUCUCACCUCAAGAUUUGCUCUAAUGGGAAAAACUAAGACCUGCUGGGCAUUUUUAGUUUAUUUAUCAGUCAUGGAAGUUGAGAGCUGAAGUGGUUAACAGUGAAGGAAUCUGCAUACAUACAUGUAAGAGAAACAAAAAUGUCAGAUGAUAUCAGGAAAAGGUUUGAAUUUCCAAAUUCUCUUAUCCAAUCACAGGCCGUGGGUCAUCUUAUUGCUGCAGUUCUAAAGGAAAAUGUUUUUUCAGAAAAGAUCCACCAGUCCACAAACCAGACUCCUGCUCUGAACUUGCUGUGGGAGAAGUGUUGCAGCGAUAACGUUGUGGUUCGAACAGCCUGCUGUGAGGGUCUGGUGGCCCUCGUCACUCAGGAGCAUGCGGAGUUCAGCUAUGUUCUCAAUGGGAUACUCAACCUGAUUCCGUCUACCCGGAAUACACAUGGCUUGAUAAAAGCCAUUAUGAAAUUAUUACAAAUGCAAGCUUUUAAGGAAGGACACGGUGGGGAGAAGAAUAUUCAGGACAUAUAUAACAUUAGAAACCAUCCUCAGCCUUUGAUCACUGUGCUUGAACACAGACCUGAUUGCUGGCCAGUACUUUUGCAGCAGCUGACAGCUUUUCUCCAGCAAUGCCCUGAAAGGUCAGAAGUUUCAUGUAUCCAAAUAAUGGCACCGUUUCUGUGGUAUCUGUAUUGUGAACCAUCCCAGUUACAAGAAUAUUCUAAACUCCGACUAGCUCUGCUCAAAGUCUUACUUCAACCCCGGGCUCUUUGUGACAAAGAACAACCAUCAGUAUUGGAACAACAGAUACUUCAACUGUGUUGCGACAUGGUUCCAUGUUUGCAGAUAAAAGAUUUGAUACAGACAACAGAAGUGAUGCUGUUUAUCGAAGAAGUAUAUUUAAGUCUUUUGCGUCAUCCCAUUUUCUGGAAAAUUCAGCUUACCCAGCUGACACUUCAGCUGCUGUGUGUCUGUGAAGUCAGCUUAAACAUAACUGGGGAAUGCUCAUCUUUAAUUCACCUUUUAGAGCACAGUGUUGAACUUCUGAAGGAGGAUUUUCCUGUUGUCCCAGUCAUAAUUGGAAUAGCUUUACUACUUCUCCAGACUCCGGCAAGUCAGCAGAAGCCAAUCUUAAGUCUAGCUUUGAAGCUCCUCUCAUUUGCUGAGGGUCAGAAAAUCCCAAAGUCAUCCUUGCUGCUAGUGAUGCCCGUUCUGCAAAUAUUAUCUUCUACUGCCUUGGAAGACUGUAUAUCCACGGAUGCAGAAGGACCCUCCAGGCAGCAGUUGGCUCUAAACCUUUUAGAAAUGGUACAGCAGGAGUGCUACAGAGAUGACCACCAGAAGCUCUCCUACAAGCUUGUGUUCCCCGUAACCAGCAUGUAUGGUUCAAUAUUUACAGCCUGGAGGAUCCUUGAAGUAAUGAGAGAAGAGUCUGCGGCAAGUGACUGGUUGGCUUCCGUCGAGUCAUUGCUCCCUAUUACCACAGUGAUCCCUGUGCACGUCUUUCUCCUGCUGGCUUACCUCCUUGUUGAAAACAAAGGACGAAAUCUUCGCCAAAUCCUGAAGGUCAUUACAGAAUUAGCCCAAGCCGACUCUUCUCAGGUACCAAGUCUGAUUCCAGUUUUGAUGUUCAAACUGGGAAGACCACUGGAACCUGCGUUAUACAAUGAUAUCUUAUAUACUUUACCUACACUUGGUGUUCACAAGGUAUGCAUAGGACAAAUUCUACGAGUAAUCCAACUUCUUGGAACCACCCCACAACUGAAAGCUGUCACUUUGCGCUUGUUGACAUCUUUGUGGGAAAAGCAGGAUCGUGUCUAUCCUGAACUGCAGCGUUUCAUGGCCGUGUCCGAUAUGCCCGCUCUGUCUGUGGGCAAGGAGGUCCAGUGGGAGAAACUGAUUGCCAAAGCAGCAUCGAUCAGAGAUAUAUGUAAGCAAAGGCCCUAUCAGCAUGGUGCAGAUAUGUUGGCAGCUAUUUCCCAGGUGCUAAAUGAAUGCACCAAGCCUGAUCAAGCUACUCCAGCUGCCUUGGUGUUACAAGGUCUUCAUGCCCUCUGCCAAGCUGAGGUGGUUUGUAUUCGCUCCACUUGGAAUGCUCUCUCCCCAAAGCUGAGUUGUGACACGAGACCCCUCAUUUUGAAGACCCUCAGUGAACUGUUUUCUCUGGUUCCUUCCUUAACAGUCAAUACAGUUGAAUAUGAGAAUUUUAAAGUUCAAGUCCUCAGCUUCCUCUGGAACCACACUCAAAACAAGGACCCAGUUGUAGCAAACGCUGCUUAUAAAUCUCUGUCACACUUUAGUGCCGGAGAGCACACCAUCCUUCAUCUGCCUGAACAGGUAAGACCAGAAAUCCAGGUUCCUGAUGAGCUGGAUGAAGAUGAAGAUGAGGAGGGAGAUGAAAAGGAUGUGGAUCUUUCAGUGCCUGGCUCGUGCUAUCUCAACCUGUUGUCACUCACUGCUCCUCUGGUUUUACCAGCUUUGGAAGAAUUUUUUACAUCUCUUGUGAAGCAAGAAAUGGUGAAUAUGCCCCGUGGCGUGUAUCACUCUGCAUUAAAAGGAGGUGCCCGCGUAGACCAAGGAAAGACUGUAGCAGGAAUCCCCAAUUUUAUGUUAAAAAUGUAUGAAACAAACAAGCAACCAGGUUUGAAACCUGGCCUUGCAGGUGGUAUGUUAUUUUGCUAUGAUAUUUCAACGUAUCAGAGUAAAGAUGGCAAACCAUUGAAUCGACUGAUGGCCAGUAGAGGGCGAAGUUUCAAGCAGACCUCGCUGGCUCUAGUGCAUGAGGUUCACAUCCAGCUUUCUGAGUGGCACCGUGCAAUUUUUCUCCCACAGGCCUGGCUUGCCUAUAUGAACCGUGCCUAUCACGCCGUUUUACAGGGACGAAUAGCAGAGCUGGAGCUGCAAUUAAAACACGGAAAAGAAGGACCUGAGGAGGUGCAAUACAAAAAAAGCACAGCCUGGCUCUGGGUUCGAGACAUGUUGACUGAUGAGGUCACCAAAGCAGCUGCAAAAGACAGCCCAGUGGUCAAAGGCAACGCGCUGUUAGCCUUAAGCGGCCUUGCUGUUGUUGUAUCCAAACAUGAAGCCAGCCUCUCCUCGGACUCUGAGGGGGUCCUGGAGGUUCAACCUAAUUUCCUUUCAAUGGAAGAGUGGAUUUCUAUGGUGUUUGAUACUCUUCUGGUCAUUGUAGAUAGCCAUUACCAACCCAGAGGACGACUUUUCUCCUGGUUCUAUUAUAAAUCCUAUUCCGGUGAAAGCACAGCUAGUGCCAUUGCCCGUUCCACAGCCGCCACGGCUUUGUCUCUCCUUGUGCCAGUUUUCAUUAUCUCUUGCAAAGAGAAGGUUGAGGAAAUCCUGAACAUGCUGACUGCCAGGUUACCUGGGAAACCAAGUGCUGAUGAGUCUCAAGCCGUGCAGAUCCACAUGGGCCUCGCUUUGGGGAUGUUUCUCUCUCGCUUGUGUGAGGAGAAACUCAGUGAUGUAUCUGGUCAACAGAUGAACCUUCUGGUGAUGAAGUCUUUGGAUGCCCUAGAAAAUUGCUGCUUUGACACUAGUCUUGAAUACAACACGGGCUGUAUAUUGGGAGUUGGACUUGUCCUGUCCCUCAUGAGCCACAGCAGCCAAACGGAGUCACGGGUUCACGUCGCAGCCUCGCUUCGGAAGCUCUCUGCGUACCUAGAUGACAGUGGGAGCCAAAGCAGGACGUUUCAGGAGGUCCUUGCCUAUACCCUGAGCUGUGUGUGUACAUCAGCAUUCAGUGCCGGGAUCAUCGAGGCUGCGGAGGCUGAAGAUAUUAUGAACAAGCUUCGACUAUUAGUGGAGAACAACCAGCAGACUUCAGGUUUUGCCCUGGCGUUAGGAAACAUCGUUCAUGGUUUGUCUGUGUGUGGACAUGGAAAAGCUGAAGACUUGGGCAACAGACUGCUCCCUGCUUGGAUCAGAAUUGUCCUAGCCCAGGGCUCUCCCACAAUGCUUUGUUUGGCAGCUCUUCAUGGCAUGGUGGCCUUGGUAGGCUCUGAAGGGGAGAUAAUGCAGCUGAAAUCAGAAGCCAUCCAGUCCUCUCAUUUUCAAGGCAGACUUAACGAAGUCAUCCGAACUUUAACUCAGGUCAUCAGUGUGUCUGGGGUGAUUGGUCUUCAGUCAAAUGCAGUUUGGCUUCUAGGACAUCUUCACCUGUCUACACUGUCCUCAAAUCAAAGUAGAACCUCGGUUCCAACUGACUACAGCUAUUUGCCUGAAAGCAGUUUUAUUAGAGCAGCCAUUGGCUUCUUCAUUACAGGAGGGAAAAAAGGUCCUGAAUCUCUGCCUCCUUCUCUUCUCAAAGUCGUGAUGAAACCCAUAGCAACUGUUGGAGAAAGCUACCAGUAUCCUCCUGUGAACUGGGCCUCACUCCUCUCUCCACUUAUGAGACUAAACUUUGGUGAAGAGAUACAGCAGCUGUGUCUUGAAAUUAUGGUGACCCAGGCACAGUCAUCCCAGAACGCAGCUGCACUGUUGGGAAUGUGGGUGAUACCACCGCUGAUGGACGGUCUGAGUCUGAAUAUCAAGAAGUAUCUCCUGGCAUCUGUGCCUCUGUGGAUAAAACAUGUCUCUGAUGAACAAAUCAUGGGUUUUGUUGAAAGCUUAAUGGUGGCAGUUUUUAAAGCAGCCUCCCCACUUUCCAGUCCUGAGUUACGCCCCAGUGCCUUACAGGGUCUGAGCCAGGCCAUGAAACUGCCCAGCCCUACCCACCACCUCUGGAGUCUACUCAGCGAAGCUACUGGGAAAAUUUUUGACCUUCUGCCAAAUAAGAUUCGGAGAAACGAUCUAGAGCUGUAUAUCACUGUAGCAAAGUGCCUCUCGGAAAUGACGGACGAUGAAGCCAGUCGGGUUGCCCAGAUUACGAAGAGUAGCGUAGAAAAGGGUGCCUUUGUCAGACUGUACUUGGUCUCUCAAGGACGAUUCCCCUUGAUGGGGUUGACCGAUGUGCUCAGCGUUGCUGUUCAGCACCGUGAAAAAGACACACUGGCCUGGAUGAUGCUGCACUGUUUAUACCAGGCACGGAUUGUGAGCCACACCAACACAGGUGUGUUGAAGAGAAUGGAGUGGCUCUUGGAGCUGAUGGGUUAUAUUAGGAGUGUUGCUUACCGAUCAGCAUCUGUUCAGAACGUGGCUCUUGAUGAGGCUUUGGAUUUCUUGUUGCUGGUAUUCACAGCUGCAGUGGUUGCCUGGGCAGACCACGCUGCCCCUCUCCUUCUUGGCCUCAGUGCCAGCUGGUUGCCAUGGCAUGGAGCACAUGGCCCGGCAGGGCCAGCAUCAGGCUUCCUUGGCAGGAGCCCACUGCACAAGGUCACUCUGCAGGAGACUCUCACUCUCCUUCCCAGUAGCAUGCUGCUGCUUCUGCAGAAAGAGCCAUGGAAGGAACAGACCCAGAAGUUCAUUGACUGGCUAUUCAGUAUCAUGGAAAGCCCUAAAGAAGGCCUCUCAACAAAAUCCAGGGAUCUUUUAAAAGCCACCCUGCUGUCGCUGAGAAUUCUCCCAGAGUUUAAGAAGAAAGCCAUAUGGACCAGAGCGUACAGUUGGUGAACAGUUUGGCGGUAGCUGGCAGCAUUCUCAGCUGGAUGAGGAAAACCAUACAGACAGAAGGAAUAUUUCAGAAUUCAUGUCUGGGAUUACUGAGACAUGAUGCAGACAGCUGACGGUACUAAAAGGGUGGCCACAUAACAGACACCUUGAACCAGGCAUGCCAGGAGUGGGGCUGUUGCUUCGGUACCUGGGCCAGUUGGAGAUUGAGAUAAGAACUUGAAUUUUCUUUUAUUUGGCUAGAGUUCAAUCUGAAGAUUUUCUUUGUGAAAAUUUGACUAUAUCAUCUCCUCCCCUCUAAAUUCUAGUAAAAUAAUCUUGUGCAUUUUGUGCAUGUGACUUUUAUUUGUUUUAAGGCAUGGGUAAGGUUUUGCUAGCAAAACCAAACUAUAGUGAUGACAGUCGAAACUGCUCUGUUUCCCAGGAAGUCUCUAAAGGAUAUUGAUUGACUCAGUGAGUUAGUGUUUUAGCAAUAAUAAGAAAACAUGUCUCUCGUGGAACUGCUAUACACAUUGAAAUAAUAAGCAUGGUGUUAAACAUUGACUAAGUCAGACUCAUUAGUGGUGGCCGUAAUUUUCUUUUGCUUGGAUCUCUUGAAUGCAAGUGAAAGUUAUCCAAUUCAAAAGAUAUCUUUGCUCAUAGGUAUGGCAGAAGCAACAUGGGGUGGAGUCUGGUUCAGCACUGGUCACGUGAGUCCCUGGAGGGUGGUGACUAACGAUCCAGGCCUGGGUCGUAUGUCCAUCCACCUGAACUGGGCUCCCCCUAGAAGAAAGAUGGUGCGAUGCUAGACAAGCAAAAAAUGGCAGAUAUCUCCUGAAAAUAUCAAUCUUUUUUUUUUAUAAGUACAAAUCUCUGUCUUAAUCAAGGAGACUACUGACCUAAUGCCAAGUAAAUGAAGGAAUGAGGCAGUAUCCUCAAGGGUUGCAUUUUACUCAGGGGCUUGGAAUCAGCUAGGAAUUUAAUUUGCUCUGAUUGCUAAUAAUUGCUCCCUCAUACAGGCAGUAAUCAGGGCUGUCUUUAGCCAAUCACACAAACAUACUGAUGCAUAUACAUAUAUGGGAUUACUAGGGAGAAAAUGUGUGCCACUGGAAUAAUACACCUUUGUAUCUGUCAUGCCUGGUACCUUACAAGCACCAUGGAACUUUCAGUAUUUCCUAGUGACAUGUACCCUCAUUUUGUCACCAAGUGUACUUACUACUUAGGUUAAAAUAGCUCUACUAAUUUUAUUUUCCAAAUAUAUGAAUUUAUGAUUCCAGGUUUCAAUUAUUUGUGGUUCACUGUGUAAUUCACACUCUGUUUCCAGGUCGCAGCUCUUUCUUUUGCUGAACUCCAUAGGGUGCCAAGAUGCUUACAGAAAAGGGGGAAGGAAAGGCGAGCUCUCAGGUAGUACUUAACUGCAUCACCAGUAUUUCAUCUCUCUUACUUCCUUAGAGGCUAGGCUGGAAGGAAAUGAGUUUGAAGGAAGCAGAAAGAUAGAAAAUUUAUGUGAAAAGCCAGAUUCCCUCUCCUUCCUACCCACCUAGGCUUUCUCAUACUUCCUACCAAUCAGAGGUUGAAAUCCUUCUAACAUUUAUUGUUAGGUGCUAGACCGUAAGUGAUGAGUUUCACUUCUAUUACCUUAUUUAACCCUUGCAACAAUACUGUGAAGAUGAAUUAUUUUCUAUUUUAAAAUGGAGAAAACACAUCUAAUAAGUGGCAAAGCUACUAUACCUGGAACCAAGGUCCUAGAAUCCCAGAUUCAGUGCGCUUUCUACUGCAUCAGUCUUCCAAACCUAGACUGCCUUUUUCAAUUCGGCCCAAUUUCUCGUCAUUCAAACUUUGUCCUUGCUCCUGCCCUGACAAGAAAACAAGGGCACAAAAGGCAGGAAAUAAGAUCUAUCUGUAUCCUCUCUGCCCUAACUCCCUCUUUUUGUUUUAAGCAGUCUUGUGUUUAAGAUUCGUAGGGUUUUCCUUUUCAUAGGAAGCUCUACAGUGUCUAAAACGUCAGAUUCUAAUUUUGAAAUUCUGAAGGUUCUAAACUCUCAUUAUUUUAAGAUAUAGGUCACUGGAAUAAUAACACCCUUCAUCCUGGUUACCUGUCUGAUAUCAGGUAAGAAUUAAGGUAUUCCUGGGGAAGGGGGUGCAGGGUACAGCUCAAUAGCAGAGCGCAUGCUUAGGAUGCACAAGGUCCUGGGUUCAAUCCCCAGUACCUCCAUUAAAAAAAAAAAAAUGAAGGUAUUCCCUUAGGAUAUUUCAGUUUAUUUUCCAGAAACCAUAAGUUUCUGCUUUUGGGGACCAGACAUUCCAAACUAUAUACAAAAGGAAAUGUUUCCUUACAAGUCAUCUUCUGUUAGUUUUUGAAAUCACAAGUUGCCAAGACAAAUAGCAUGCUGGGGUGUACUAACAAAUCAAUUUCUGGGAUUAAGGCCAUGUUAUAUGUCUCAGAAGUAUCCAAACACUCUGACUCUUGAUUUGAAAAGUGUACAUUUGGAACAGAUGUUGGGAUCCAUGCAAGUGCCUCAAAUCUUUGUGUUUUAUUUGUAAUGUAAUGGUUCCAUGGUAACUAAUACGAUGUUAAUAAACUUUGUUUUUGAAGUUAAUUGCUACAGGCUAACUUCUCCAAAAUAAUUAUAACCAAAGAUAAUGAUAUUACAAUUAUGUAUAAGAAGUAAGACUUUGUUAAGAACUCAACUACUAUCUUGAAAUAUCUUAGUCACUUUGAAAGUGAGCAGUAGUUUUAAAUUUGUGGUAAACAUUUUAGCAAAUUGCUGUUUUAGAAAUCUGAUCAUUUGGUUAAGUGCAUAGGGCUCCAUUAAAACCAGGAUUGGAGGCUAAGUCUCUAGGUCUCUGACCCCAACCAGCCUAUUCAUAGCUGCUGGCAUUUCAAGUGGAACCAGGGGACAGAAUUUGUCUGGACCACUUUACAUCCUUCACUACUUUAUGGAAAAUGCCUCACAGUAUCAUCUUCAUGUAUAAAUGUGUAUCAUCUUUGCUCUGGUGCUGGAUUAGAUAAUAUGCUUUUAUAUUUUCUGGAAGGAAAUGCUUUAUUCUAGUCCUGGAAACUAAAAUCUCAUCUUUUUAAAUGUAUGAUACAUAAAGUAUUUAUGAAGUUGUGAGUAUGCAUGUAAUCUGUUAAUCUUCAUAAACCAAAAUUCUUUGAAAUUGCCAUUAAGAAAGAUCUGAUCUUGUCAGACACAGAGAACUUCUGAAACAACUUCCAGACAAAUUAUUAGAUAUGACACGGAAUAAAAGUGACAGUGAUGACUCCC